AUGGCGACCAAGCGUGUGGUAUACGUCGGCGGGUUAGCGGAGGAAGUAGAGGAGAAAAUACUGCAGGCCGCCUUCAUCCCUUUCGGUGAAAUAACGGACAUCUCCGUUCCUCUCGACUACACCACGAACAAACACCGCGGGUUUGCCUUCGUGGAGUUCGAGCUCGUUGAAGAUGCGGCCGCUGCCAUCGACAACAUGAACGAAUCGGAGCUGUGUGGAAGGACCAUUCGCGUGAACGUGGCUCGGCCCAAGAUGCUAAAGGAAGGUAGCUCUAAGCCUGUAUGGUCUGAGGACUCGUGGCUGCAAGAACACGCGGGGGAAACGCUCGAAGGAGGGAAAAAAGACACUGAGACAACGGAGGAUGGAGGAGAGGGGGAGGGGGAGUCGGCUGCCAAACGACCCAAGCGGAGUCCCAGAGUGUUCAUGGAUAUCAAGAUAGGCUCAGAGGCUGCCGGACGUGUAGUUAUCGAGCUUUUUUCAGAGGUAGUCCCGCGAACAGCAGAGAAUUUCAGAGCUCUCUGCACCGGGGAGAAGGGGUUUGGCUACAAGGGCUCACCGUUUCACCGCAUCAUCCCACAGUUUAUGUGCCAGGGAGGAGACUUCACCAAUCAGAACGGAACGGGGGGGAAAUCAAUUUACGGAGUAAAGUUUGAUGACGAGAAUUUCAGUCUGAAGCACACCGGCGCAGGAGUGCUGUCGAUGGCCAAUUCUGGGCCCAACACAAACAGUUCUCAGUUCUUUCUCUGCACAGCCAAGACAGAGUGGCUGGACAACAAGCACGUUGUGUUUGGUCACGUGGUGGAGGGCAUGGAGGUCAUCCGCAGCAUGGAUAAAGUUGGGACGCAGUCGGGGAAAACAAGUCGACCUGUCGUCAUUUCCGACUGUGGAGAACUCUAA